GAUCUGCUCACCCUACCUAGCCCGGAACUGUGCGGCGGCGGCGGGAGGCGGGUCCCGCUAAGGGCGGAGCUCGGCGGCAGCGCUCUGCCUGGGGCAAUGUGGGGCUGCGGCGGGCUGAGCAGAGCAGCCCGGGCUCUAGUCGCCCCGCGGGGCCGGAGCAGCGGGGCGGACCCGCGGGGGAGGAGGCUGGGGACAGCAGCCGGAGACCAUUAUGGUCAGGGGUUUCAGAGAGGCCCUGGGGGCUUCAGUGAGAACUACAGCUGGAAAAUGCAGUUGACAUCCAACAGUACAAGGUUUGUCCAUCUGACUGAAAUGAAAAGCAGCAUGUCUGCUAUGAAGAGGCUAUACAGCACUUCACACACAACAGUGGAUUCAAAAGAGAUGAAAAAAUUCCAGCUUUUGGCACAUAGGUGGUGGGAUGAACAAGGAGAAUAUUCCGCCCUGCAUUCUCUGAAUGAUAUUAGAGUGCCUUUUAUUAGAGAUACUCUAUUGAACAUGAGUAGUGAUCAUCAGUUGGGAAGCCCUCUGUCCGGUGUAAAGAUUCUAGAUGUUGGCUGUGGUGGUGGAUUGUUAAGUGAACCUCUAGGUAGACUGGGAGCUUCAGUUACUGGAAUUGAUCCUCUGGAGGACAACAUUAGAACAGCAGAACAGCACAAGUCAUUUGAUCCAGUUCUAGCCAAGAGAAUACAGUACAAACCAUGUUCACUGGAGGAUAUUGUGGAAGAGGCUACAGAAACCUAUGAUGUAAUUAUUGCUUCUGAAGUAGUGGAGCAUGUGGCUGACCUAGAAACAUUUAUCAAGUACUGCUAUCAAGUAUUAAAACCUGAAGGCUCGUUAUUCAUUACUACAAUCAACAAAACACAGUUGUCCUAUAUAUUGGGGAUUGUAGUUGCAGAGAGAAUAAUGGGGAUUGUACCAGAAGGCACUCAUGACUGGGAGAAGUUUAUUUCACCUGAAGAGCUAGAAUGCCUGCUAGACUCAAAUGGCUUUUUAGUCAAGACAGUGAAUGGAAUGUCAUACAACCCCCUGUCAGGGUCCUGGAGUUGGACUGAAAGCACUAGCAUUAACUAUGCGGUGCAUGCCAUGAAAUCUAGGGUAAAAGAACAAUCAAGUUCAAGAGAGCCACCUUCAGAGACAGAUAAGGAGGCACACCCAGCCGAAGCUAGUGCCAGCACAACUAUCUGAGAUGCGGUAGUAGGCAAGCAGCAAGAGGUUGAAGGAAGAUUUGCAUACAUUAUUAUAAUAAAACUGUUUGCAACAAGUCUGCUGUUCAUAUAAAUGGCAGUUAAGAGGUUUUUGCCAAUCUGUUUCAAUGUAGUCUUGGGGGAGAACAAUUGUUAGUUCUCUCAGGAAUCAUGUAGGAUUAAGAUGGGCAAAGUGGAGAGAAGUUCUUUUAUGAGAAAAUAAUUUCAAAUCUUCAAAUUAUUCUGUCAGUUUUUGUGUACGAUGGCUUUUACAGUCCUACCAAGAAAACACAGGUUUCAGCAGGACUCCAGAGAGUAACGGUUGAUGCUGAGUUCAAUUUGAAGUCACUUUUAAAAAUGCAAUACACUGUGUAAAUAGAAGGGUUUAAGCAAUUUUUAAAUUAAACUACCCAAGUGCACUGUUCA